CUCAUUAAACUUGUCAUUUCAUAAACCAAUAUUGUACACAAUAUACAAGAUAGAGAGCACAAAUUUCAGAAUUCAUAGCCAAAGAUAGUUCAUUUUAUCAUCAAUAUGUCAAAACAAAGGUUGGAGGGUAAGGUUGCUAUAGUAACCGGAGCAGCCAGCGGAAUAGGAGCAAAGACUGUGAAGACAUUCGUCGAAAAUGGAGCAUUCGUAGUUAUAGCAGAUGUCAAUGAUGAAUUGGGUCAUCAAGUUGCAAAUUCAAUUGGUUUAGAAAAAGUUAGUUAUCACCAUUGUGACGUGAGUGAUGAGAAACAAGUUGAGGAACUAGUUGCCUUCACCUUGAAGAAAUAUGGCACCUUAGACAUCGUGUUCAGCAAUGUUGGGAUCGCAGGUCCUUUGUCUAGCAUACUAGAAUUUGAUCUAAAUAAAUUUGACAAAACAAUGGCUGUUAACGUUCGUGGAUCAGCUGCGGUAAUAAAGCAUGCUGCACGUGUAAUGGUGGAAAGGAAAAUACGCGGAUCCAUAAUUUGCACAGCCAGUGUAGCUGGCUCUGUUGCUGGAGUUGGAGGACAUGAUUACACAGCAUCCAAACACGGUCUAAUUGGACUUGUUCGCGCAACAUGCAGUGAGCUUGGAGCUUAUGGAAUAAGAGUGAAUUCAAUUUCACCGUAUGCGAUUGCUACACCUCUUGCAUGUACAUCAAUGGGAAUGGAACCGAGUGAAGUUGAAGCCAUUGGGAUUGAUUCUGCUAAUUUGAAAGGAGUUACAUUGAAUACAACUCAUAUUGCAGAAACUGCUCUUUUUCUUGCUUCUGAUGAAUCUGCUUAUAUUAGUGGACACAAUUUGGUGGUUGAUGGAGGCUUCUCAGUUAUUUCUAGUUUUGGAAAAUAAGUCAUAUUGCACAAACAUGCCAUCAGAAGCAUUUUGUGCUGCUUACAUUGGAUACAAUGGAUUGGAGAAGUUAAUUAAUGGCAUUUUAAUUUGUUCUUUCAAUUUUCUGGUUAUGGUUAUGUUACAUUAAGCAUUGAAUAAUAAAAUGCUGCUGCUUAGUUUUGUUGCAGUUUACUAUGCAUUUGAUAAGUUUGCAUGCUGAUCUUAUUUUUUUGAAUGAAAAUG